GGGUCAGCUAUGUUGUCCAGACCAUUGCUGGCAUUAUUGGAAAUCAUCUACAAACAAAAAUGUCACACCAGCUAUCAUCCCGCAACGUUGAUUGCAACUUUAAUCCCCAAUGUUGUACAUGGGAAAAGCAGGUUUGGUGUUUGGGCGAAUACAAUGAAAACCUCGAGAUUCAUCUCUUUAAUCGUAAAUAUAUGUGAUUUUGGCACCGGGUUCUGCCGUGAACAUUACUGGUUUUUAUUUCCAUGGAAGGUCAAACAGUUUCUCCCAUUCUAAAAUAAUGUUUUUAACGCCUUUGGGGUUAAGGCUGCAGAUUAAUCAGAUUAUUGGCAAAGCAAGACCUUUCCUCUGAGGAGUUUUUGUCUCGGCGUGAGUACAGAAUAUUUUGCUGAUUAAUGUAAUGAUUAACUUACUGAAGACGUCCUCGCAGCUUGAUGUUGUUCACUGUAAACCUUUCAGCGUCGUGAGUGGAAAAAGUACUAGUCUCGUUGUGCGCUAUGACGAGUCAAUUCCUCGUUUACACAUUUACUUUAAAGUGGGCAUUUUUGGUGGCAAAACUGCAACUACUCCUGCGACCUCCCAGGAUAGUUUGGGUACUUGUCGUUUCAUAAUUACAUUAAUUAACUCGACUUGGCUUUAGUAUGUCAGACAUACGGCACAGAAAACAGAUCCUCCAGAACAAAAAAUAAUAUUUGCAAAAUAUAAUAUAGAACAGCACAGCCACAGACCCUCCUGCGGUCCAUAAUGUUUGUGCCAAACAUGAUGCUAAGACCAACUCUUAUCUGCCUGCACAUAAUCCAUAUUCCGUAUCUGUAUGCCUAUCCAAAUGUAUAGCAGAUAAUAAUAGUAACCCAAAUGUGCAUUAAUUUGAGUGUGAACAAUUACCAUAAUGUCUUGAUCUAAAAUUGAUUAAAAUGUCAAAUUAGUUUGUUUUUAAUUUAUUGGACGUGAUUGUGUCUGGCUGUGCCUGAGAGAAGGUGGUGGUGAGCUGCCAUUUGAACUGCUGCAGCCCGGCUGCCGUAGGUCUUCCCAGAGAAGGGACUUCAAGAUUUGGGCGUGGGAGAUACUGAUGCAUUUUCAAGUCUGGGUGGUGUGUGACUUGGAGAGGUAUUUGUAGCAUUCUCAUUUUUUCUGAUAUCUUCCUUGGCUUAGUGAUUGAAACUGUAGCAGUGUAAAUAGCCUUGGCAACUAACUGCAGGGCAGAGCAAGUAGAUGGAGGGAAUGCCAACUUACAAGCUGUUUUGUUUUGGAAGGUGUUAUACUUCUAGUGUGUUGUUCAAACUGCAGCAAUCCUGGCAAUUGGAGAGCAUUCCGACAAAUCCCUGGUGUGUGUAGGUGAGAUUGGAGUGGUUGCUACAGUAUAUAAUGACUGGUCCAGUUAAGUUUCUGAUCAAUGGAGACCACAAGAUGUUUUUUGAUUGAGGACUCUAUAGUGUUACUCCAUUGAAUGAUAAAGGUAGCUGGUGCACUCCUGCUGGGGUGGUUGAUGUUUGAAACUUGCAUUGUCAGGAUCUUGUAGCAUGCAGACUUGGUGUUUAAGUGAGGAAUUGUAUGUAGUAAGUAAAGAAACUUUUUCUUAUGUUUAUCAGCCAAAUGGUUAUUUAACCUUUUUUUCAGAGUUAUAUCCACCGUUGAUUGAAGGAAUUUCCAUGAACCUAACAUUUCUUUGUUAUUUGCAGCAGUGUCCAGGAGUUAUCCUUGAUCAGCAGAGAUUCCAUUACAAUGCAGGAGAACUGGCAGCUCUACCAGUCCCUCUUAACAAGUUAAAUGAUAGAACAGGAUGCAGUGAAAUACUGUUUUAAACUCACACCCAAUACAAAAUAAUUGGCAGUGUUCUUAAACUGGAAAUAUCUAAAGUUCUUUUAAAAAUAAAUUGGAUUCAACAGUGCAAAUUCAGCCAAUUGAUUUGAUUGGUUUAAUUAGGCAAUUCUGUGCUAUGUGCAAACUGUUAGGUGGGUGGGGCAGUGGAUGGAUAUAUAACCUGGCUUGAUAUAUAACAUUGGGUAGAAGGUUUAUGCAAAGCACGGCAACAGCUAGUAUAUUCUCACCAAAGUGUAUGUUACUUGAGGGCUUUCAACUUGGAUCAUCUCAUUCUGCUUUCUCAAUUCAGUAAAGUAGAAUAUUAUUUUAUUUGCUACCAGCAUUUUUAUUUUUGCCUCCUUAUUUAUCCACUGGAUUUCAACAUAUUGUUUAACUACUUUAAGAAAAAAAGGGAAGAGUAUUGGCCACAAGACGACUUAAUAACAACUGGCGACCAAACACCAAAGGAAGAUGUCUAAUCCUAUCCGACGCCACAAAGGACCAUCAAUAAAAUCACAGGGAAUGUUGCGAGUAACAGGAAGCAGAACCUACUUGCAAGCUGAAAUCCCACAUCUUCCAAAAAUCACCACUGCAGUCACUCGAGGGAAUGAUGUAAAAGAAACUCAAGUGCCAAUUUCCCGUAUUGCUGAUUAUUUUACGGAGAGGAAGAAAACUCUCAAAUUGAAUGGAUUUCAUUGGCAGGGGCAAAAGGUCCCUAUGCCCAACAGUUUGCCUUUGGUAAUAAGGGGUUACAAGAGUGGAAAUUGUGAUAAUAUGACAUAUAAAGAAAGGCCAAUUGGAAAUAGAAAAGAAAGAACUUCUUUCUUAGAAUCCAGCACAACAAGGGAAAAUCUGCAAAAUUCAGCAGAUGGAUCAGCAAGUACAAGUUCCGAUAAUACUGGAUUGGGCGACGACAUCGAUGGGAUUAGCUCAUCUUUGAGAUAUUGCAAUGGACCAUUAACAACCAAGUUCCAAAAGGCAAAAACAAAGGUGGCAGCAAGGUUCCAGGGAGGACAUGGGUACGUAAUGGAUGGUGACAUUAUAAGUGUGAAGGGCGUAAAAAGUGCCAAUGUUGCAAAUAGCUCAGCAGACUGUGUUGCAAGAAAGAAAUGGACAAAAGCCUUUGUGAAAAAAACUGUUAAUAGGCAACAAAAACCCUCGGCAUCGUCGAUCGCAGAGAAACGAAAUACCAGGACUGAACUGGAACAAGGCUGCAGUCUCUCCUGCUCGAAUGAAAUUACAUUAGAUUUGGAACUGGAGCACAGAUCUGUGAGUCAGGCUGCAGACUGUAGUGAACACCCUGGCUCUGGCCAAUUGUGCUUGGAUGAUAAUUGUGCUAAAAAUGUGGAAAACCUCACUGGGGAGAGAGGAGCUGAUCUGGAUCAUGCUGCAAAGGUGUCAUCUCAAACAACUUUCCAAAGCUUAGAUGUCCACAACAUUCUGGCCGGGAUUCCAAAAGGUGUGAAACCGGAAGGAAGGGUGAACAAAAUAGUGAAGCAGCCUGAUCAAAAAUGUCCACGGAUUAAAUCAAGCUCCUCUAUAGGAACCAGUAUAAGCAAAGUCUCUGUGAAGUCACUUUCUACCAAAGCCUCCAAAACACCAGCUUGCUCCAGUGUGUUGAACAAAUGCUCUGAUAAUGAAUCCAAAGCCAGUUCCAGUGUGAGUGAAGAUAGCAGAAUUGAAGAGUAUAUGUUUGAACUUAAUCAGAUGUCGCAGGAGAGGGUAACAAGCACAUCUGCCACUGUUGGAGUGCCCAUGGUGAAGUGUGGUGCAAGAUGCCAUAAUCAGAGACUACCAUUGAAAUCUUCGCUGAAGAAAUCAUUUGACUGGCGUGCUCAUUCUCAAUCAAUGGCUACACAUGUCCCCAAGAUUGGAGAGCAGUGCAAGGAUGCUGGUGCAAAUCAGGCUUUAGCCAAAAAUAAACUUGUGCCCAUCCAUCAGUCAUUAAACCAAACAGCGCAGAAUUAUACCUACUCAAUUCCUGAGGAGGAGUCCCCAGAGUUUUGUGAAAAGCUUUCUGAUGUCGAGAAGCAAUGCAGGAAGCUAAGACAACUUUGUCACCAAUCUUCUCAUCAUCGCCUUCAAAACGUAUGUAAUUUGGGAUUGCGGACUACAAUUCAGCAGAAAUUGGUGCAAUUACAUUACUGUGGCACAGCAGAUCAACAAUUGGCCAGGAAUAUGAAAAUUGCUGCAAAUACAAAUAUGUCUUCUCAUCAAUUUUAUUGGAGGGAGAAUCACGCUUUUCAGCCUGAGAAUGAACCGCAGCACAUGCAAUUCCCGCAACCACACGAUUUAAUAUGGUGCAAAAAUCCCUCCACACAACGUACUGUUGAACUGUUUACUUCUCAUGGUGGUGAAGUUCCAAAAAUAACCAUGACUUGUCCUACUCCAAUUUCAUGCCGAACACCUUCUUAGAGAGAUGCAAUCCAGAAGAUUGUUCUCAAUUUUCCAUAAUUGUGUCGGGUCGGGACCCUUCUUCAGGCUGGAGAAAUCUGAAGAAGAAUCCCGACCUGGAACAUCACCUAUCUGUGCUUUCCCGAGAAGCUGCCCGUCCCGCUGAGUUGUUCUAGCACUUUGUGUAAGAAAGAACUGCAGGUGCUGGUUUAAAUCAAAGGUAGAUGCAAAAUGCUGGCGUAAUUCAGCGGGACAGGCAGUAUCUCUGGAGAGAAGGAAUGGGCGACGUUUCGUGUGUUCUAGCACUUUGUUUCUUUUAUAUUGGGGUGAUGUGAACUAUUAAGACUCCCUUCCCUCCUUAUUCUCUGACUUUGACCAAACCUCUGCAGAAGUCACUGUCUGCCCAUGAGGCAUGAAUUUAGGAGAGAGAGGCGUGCUUUGUUGUGUCUUCCUGAAUUGUGAUUCAAUCCAUAGGCAGAAUUUACAUUGGAACAUCCUGAACAAUUAACACACCAUGUCUUUAGGAAAGAAAGAAAAGCUUAUUGAUUAAUUACUUUGAUAGACUGUUUCCAAAAAAUUCACUUGAACAGGUUUGAGCCUAA